AUGGCAACUUCUCCGGGACCUUCCAAUGCCCUGUCAAAGUUACCAGUCUUGCCUCCAAUCGAAGGGACGAGGCCACUUGGUGAUUUUGAGCAAACCGUCGCAGCGAUGGGGGAGAUAGCCGACCAACUGAAGGCUCAGAGGAAGGCGCUGAGGCGAAGGAGUAAAGAACCACAGAAGCAAAUCCAGAUGAUACUGGUGUCCAGAGCAAUGGAUGAUUACAGAAAAAGCAAUGACGAGAGACUUGAACGCUGUCUCUCUCCAGAACCACAGCUUCCACCUUCUAUGCUCAGUGAGGAGAAGAAACGGAUGAUGAACUACAGUUUCUUGAAGCGCUGCGUGGAGAAUCGACCUUUCGCUCCAAUUCAGCAGGAGUGGUUGGACUCAAUUGUAGCUCGAAUCCACCUUGAUCUGAACGACAGUCCUGAGACAACUAAGCUGCUACAGGAGCUCUGCACGGAAGUCAGUGAUGAAUUCCAUACUGUAAUCGUCAAGCAUACAGUGGACAAUGUGUUAAAGAAUCCCUAUCAAGAAGGAAAGAGCUCAGAGACAGAGAGAGCGACCCAUCCAAAAAUUCCUAGUUACUCCCAGCCGUGGCAUGAUAGCUUUAUAAAAAGCCGCAGGGUGAUUAAAAAAAAUUUGCUCAGUCUUCAUCCUGUCAUGCAAACUAUUUUGGAUCUUGGCUACACAACAUUUUCUAAGCUGGUCUUAGUUGAUCUGUCAGGAUACAGAACUUUAGGACCUAUAGACUGUAAAAGCCUUCAGAACAAAACAGCUGUGGAGUGUAAGAGGAAAGAAGAUCAAAUCAUGAAUACAUGGUUUCCCAAAAUCAUCCAUUUGUUCGCAAAUGAAAACACACUGAAAGAGGUUAAAGAGGGGAAACUGGAUUCCUUUUACAACUGUGCAUCCACCCUAAUUUCAAAUCAGCUGAAAAGCCUCCUUCAGGAGAAUAUUGAUGAGUUCAUCAGUGUAUUUGAUCCAAGCAACAUUUACUGCUUGCCAAUCUUCCGAAUGGCUUUGACAUUUGAUGAUGAAAAGAUGGAAAUUUACCCCACCCUCCAAGAUCUGGAGGCUUCUGUUUUGGAGAUCCUUAAUUCCAUGGCAAAUACAUUUCAGAAAGUACAAACCAUCCACUCAUGGUUGGCACAAAACUCGUCUUCAUAUGUGGAUGCAAAGGUGGCAGACGAAAUUCUUGCUAGGGCUGAGGAAACAGUAAAGACAGCUGUGCGUAAACAUCUAGAGGAACCUGACAAACACUUUCAAAGCUAUGUUGAGAAGUAUGACUGGCUUGUUAAUGGAACUGCACAGGUUCAAAUAGAUGCGUUUAUAGAAGAGGAUUGCUCAUUUGAUGAGUACACUAAGAAAGUGGAGGAGUUCUUCCUGCUGUCAAAGGAGAUCAUCAGUCUGCCUGCCAAAGUUUCCUUCACAAUGGUCCACCUGGACUGUGAGGAGCUGAAUCAAGGGCUUUCUAACAAAGCUACAACCUUUGCUGAAACUCUUCUAAAGCAACUUGUUACCAGACACCGUGAGCAAAGUCUACUGAUCUGUUCUGAAUUUGAGACUAUCAGAAAGAAAGCUCUUGAAAUUCCCAAGAAUACAGAGGACAUUGCACAGAUGGUUGACUACAUGAGUUGUACAAAGACGAAGGGUAUGGUAGAUCUCAGUGAAAAAAUAAAGGAAGCCUGUUGCAGACUUAUCUAUCUGUUGGAUGUGUACAUCAUUGAGCCAAAAGAUCUGGAGCUUAACGCAACUGUUUUUCUUUGGCCAAAAAAAAUCCUUCAUGCAUUUGAGCAAAAUAAUGAGGUAGUACAGGAUGCCAAGCAAAAAGGAGAGAAGGACCUCAUGGCAAAAAGAGAAAGGUUAAUGGUUUCUCUUGAAAAGCUGGGGUGCAGAAUAGAGGAGUUUCCACAUUGCUGUGAGCUGAAUAUGAUACCACAGUAUGUAGCAGAUGUCAGAACAGUUCAGAAACUUCUCCAGGAGGCUGAUGAGACUAUCGACCUUAUUAACAAUGAGGAGGCGUUCUAUAAAUGGGAUCAAUCACAUUACCCAGAAGUUGAAGUCAUCAAAGAGCGUAUUGAACCAUAUCAGAAGCUGUUUGGAUUUAUUCAUAGGUGGCAGCGCACAGAGAACAGAUGGAUGGAUGGCUCCUUCCUGGAUCUUGAUGGGGAAAGCAUGGAGGUUCAAGUGGAUGAGUUUUUUAGAGAAAUCUUCAAGAUGCUGAAGUUUUUUCAGCAAAAGCACAAUAAGGCUGUACAAGAGAUGGAGAAAAUGUCAGGGAAGAUGACACGCCAAUCUAAUGAGGAUGGUCCAAACAAACUGGAGAGUCCCACAGUAGAACUGUGUUCUGCUGUCAUGGAGCAAAUCAAACGGUUCAAGGGCUACAUCCCUGUAGUGUCCAUUUUGUGUAAUCCAGGUAUCAGAGCUCGUCACUGGCAACAGAUGUCACAGAUAGUGGGGUAUGAUCUCACCCCUAACUCUGGUACAACACUGAGGAAACUUCUCACACAAAACCUGACCCCUUACCUGGAAGAGUUUGAGUCUAUCAGUGCCGCUGCUAGUAAAGAGUUUUCUCUGGAGAAGGCUAUGCAAACAAUGGUCCAUAUUUGGGAUGGUAUUUCCUUCCACCAUCAGCCAUACAGGGAGACUGGGGUUUCCAUUUUGACCUCCUUGGAUGAUAUACAGACAAUGUUAGAUGACCAGAUUGUAAAGACUCAAACAAUGAGGGGCUCACCUUUUAUCAAACCGUUUGAGGAUGAAAUCAAGGAUUGGGAAGCACGUCUGCUUCGCAUCCAGGAAACUGUAGAUGAGUGGCUAAAGGUGCAAGCCCAGUGGCUCUACCUGGAACCCAUCUUUUCAUCUCAGGAUAUCAUGCAGCAGAUUCCAGAAGAAGGAAAGCUCUUCCAAACUGUUGACAAAAACUGGAAAUUGGUUAUGAAACACUGUGUUAAGGACUCUAAGAUUCUGCCAGCAACCUCAAUGCCUGGUUUGCUUGAGAAGCUGCAAGAUUCCAAUACACUCCUUGAUACCAUUAUGAAGGGACUGAAUGCCUAUCUAGAGAAGAAACGCCUUUUUUUCCCUCGGUUCUUCUUCUUAUCCAACGAUGAAAUGCUUGAGAUUCUUUCUGAAACCAAGGAUCCAUUGCGAGUUCAGCCUCAUCUGAAGAAGUGUUUCGAGGGUAUUUCCAAACUUGACUUCCUACCUAAUCUGGACAUACAGGCAAGGCGGUUGCACAAAAGUGCCAUGUACAGCGGUGAAGGAGAGCGUGUUGAGCUAAUCCAGCAUAUCUCCACAUCUGAAGCCAAAGGAGCUGUGGAGAAGUGGCUGGUCCAGGUGGAAGAUGUCAUGCUUCGCAGUGUCAGAGAUGUAGUUGCCCGGUCCCGGGUGGCCUAUGCUGAGACUGUACGGAACCAGUGGGUCAAAGAGUGGCCUGGACAGGUGGUUCUCUGCACUUCGCAGAUUUUUUGGACUUUGGAGGUUCACGAGGCCAUCAGUUCAGGGGCUGAUGGUUUAAAGAACUACUAUCAGCAGCUACAGAGUCAACUGAAAGACAUUGUAGAGCUGGUGAGGGGGAAACUACCAAAACAAACACGGAUUACUCUUGGAGCACUUGUCACAAUCGAUGUCCAUGCAAGGGAUGUAGUCAUGGAUCUUAUUCAGAAAGGUGUAUCCCAUGAAACUGACUUCCAAUGGCUAGCCCAGCUCCGAUACUACUGGAACAAUGAUAAUGUUCGUGUUCGCAUAAUAAAUUGUGAUGUUAAGUAUGCCUAUGAGUAUCUGGGAAACUCCUUGCGUCUAGUCAUCACACCUCUGACUGACAGAUGCUACCGAACCCUGAUCGGAGCUUUCUACCUGAAUUUGGGUGGUGCACCAGAGGGUCCAGCUGGAACAGGAAAAACAGAAACCACUAAAGACUUAGCCAAAGCACUUGCUGUACAGUGUGUGGUCUUUAACUGUUCAGAUGGACUUGAUUAUCUUGCCAUGGGGAAAUUUUUCAAAGGUCUAGCUUCAUCUGGAGCUUGGGCCUGCUUUGAUGAAUUCAACCGUAUUGAGCUGGAGGUGCUGUCUGUAGUGGCCCAACAGGUUCUUUGCAUCCAGAGGGCCGUUGAGCUGAAGCUGGAGUACUUUGACUUUGAAGGGACUAUGCUCAAACUAAAUCCUAACUGCUUUGUGUCUAUUACAAUGAACCCCGGCUAUGCAGGACGCUCAGAACUCCCAGACAACCUAAAAGUACUGUUCCGCACUGUGGCCAUGAUGGUUCCCAACUACGCUCUAAUUGCAGAGAUCUCUCUGUAUUCAUAUGGUUUUCUCAAUGCUAAACCACUGUCAGUAAAGAUUGUGAUGACCUACAGGCUUUGUUCAGAACAGCUUUCCUCUCAGUUCCAUUAUGAUUAUGGUAUGAGGGCUGUCAAAGCAGUACUUGUGGCUGCAGGCAACCUCAAGCUCAAGUAUCCUGAAGAGAAUGAGGACAUUCUGCUCCUGAGAUCCAUAAAGGAUGUUAAUGAGCCCAAGUUCCUUUCUCAUGAUAUUCCACUGUUCAACGGAAUAACCAGCGAUUUGUUUCCUGGAAUCUCGCUUCCUGUGGCUGAUUAUCAGCUGUUCUUGGAGGCUGCAGAAGAGUGCUGUAAAAAUCACAAUGUUCAGGCAACACAGGUCUUCUUACAAAAGAUGAUCCAGACAUAUGAGAUGAUGAUAGUAAGGCAUGGGUUCAUGCUGGUGGGGGAGCCUUUUGCUGGAAAGACCAAGGUGCUUCACGUUUUAGCUGACACUCUGACUCUUAUGAACGAGAAAGGGUCUGGUGCAGAAGAGAAGGUCAUAUUUAGAACUGUGAACCCAAAGUCCAUUACCAUGGGCCAGCUCUUUGGACAGUUUGACCUUGUUUCCCAUGAGUGGACAGAUGGGAUUGUGGCCAAUACUUUUCGUGAGUUUGCAUCAUCUGAAACACCAGACCGCAAAUGGGUGGUAUUUGAUGGUCCCAUAGAUACGCUGUGGAUUGAGAGUAUGAAUACUGUGCUGGAUGACAACAAAAAGUUGUGCCUAAUGAGUGGUGAAAUUAUUCAGAUGUCUAGUCAGAUGAGUCUGAUUUUUGAAGCAAUGGAUCUAUCACAAGCUUCUCCUGCCACAGUCAGCCGGUGUGGUAUGAUAUACAUGGAACCAUCUCAGCUUGGCUGGCAGCCCUUGGUCAUCUCCUGGAUAAACACGCUUCCUGACCCUCUGCAGAGCUCAGACAAUCAGCCUCUGUUGCUUGAGCUCUUCCAUUGGCUCCUUCCACCUGCCUUUAGGACAGUACGCAAAGACUGCAGAGAAGUUGUUCCCACUAGCAACAGUAACACUGUGGUGUCCCUGUGUCGACUGUUUGAGAUGCUUCUUACCGAACCUAUGAAGUCAGGCCCUGUUGAUAAAAGUAUUCGCACUUGGAUCAUGGCAGCUUUUGCUUUCUCCCUGGUCUGGUCUGUGGGUGGCAGCUGUGAUGCAGAUAGCAGAGAAAAGUUUAGUGAGUUUGUCAGAGUGACAGUCUCAGGACAAUCAAAAGAAUAUCCGAUUCCAGAAACAGUUGGAAAAUGGGAAUGUCCAGUAGAGGAGAAAGGCCUAGUGUAUGACUACUUUUAUGAGUUUAAAGGGAAAGGAAAGUGGAUUCACUGGAAUGAUGGCCUUAAGAAUAUAAACCUAGGAGACAAAAGCACAAAAGUGCAGGACAUCAUUGUUCCCACUAUUGACACAGUUCGCUACACUUUCUUAAUGGACCUUUGCAUCAGCCACGGAGUUCCUCCUCUGUUUGUGGGACCAACUGGCACUGGAAAGUCAGUAUAUGUGAAGGAGAAACUGAUGAACAAUCUGGACAAAGACUCCUAUCUGCCGUUCUUCAUCAACUUUUCAGCUCGCACUAGUGCAAAUCAAACCCAGAGUAUCAUCAUGUCCAGGUUAGAUAAGAGAAGGAAAGGAGUGUUUGGGCCUCCAAUGGGAAAAAAGUGUGUCAUCUUUGUAGAUGACAUGAACAUGCCAGCAUUGGAACAGUUUGGUGCGCAGCCUCCCGUUGAGCUUCUUCGUCAGUACAUAGACCAUGGAAACUGGUAUGACUUGAAGGAUACUUCGACUAUCAGUCUGGUGGAUAUCCAGCUCAUCGCAGCAAUGGGACCCCCUGGUGGUGGAAGGAAUGCUGUAACUUCUCGCUUCCUGAGGCAUUUCAACAUUUUUAGUAUAAAUCCCUUCAGUGAUGACACUAUGGUCCACAUUUUCUCAAACAUUGUGGCCUUCUAUCUCAAAAACAAUAAAUUCCCACCUGACUUUUUCACUGCUGGCAACCAAAUAGUGACAGCUACGAUGGAAGUGUAUAAGAAAGCCAUGAAGAACCUACUUCCAACUCCAGCAAAGUCUCACUACACUUUCAAUCUGCGAGACUUCUCUCGGGUUAUCCAAGGGUGCCUGCUUUUGAAAAAAGAGUCUCUGGACAACAAACGGGUUAUGAUACGACUGUUUGUCCAUGAGGUAUUCCGUGUUUACUAUGAUCGUCUUGUGGAUGACAAAGACAGAACAUGGCUUUACAAUCUGAUGAACAAUAUUGUCAAAGACCACUUCAAGGAACCUUUUGACCAGGUCUUUGAUCAUCUGAAACAAGGCAGUAAACUCGUUGAGGAAGACAUGAGAAAUCUUCUUUUUGGGGACUACAUGAACCCUGAUUUGGAGGAUGAUGAGCGCCUGUAUGCUGAGGUGCCCUCAAUUGAAACCUUUGCAGAGGUGGUGCAUUCAUGUCUUGAAGAAUACAACCAGAUGCAUAAGAAUCAGAUGAACCUUGUCAUCUUCCGGUACGUCCUUGAACACUUGUCCCGUAUCAGCCGUGUGUUAAAGCAGCCAGGAGGCAAUGCUCUGCUAGUGGGAGUGGGAGGCAGCGGACGCCAGUCUAUAACCCGCUUGGCCACAUCAAUGGCACACAUGACCUUAGUCCAGCCUGAGAUUUCAAAGAGCUACGGCAUGACAGAAUGGAGAGACGACCUAAAGUUACUGCUGAAGAAUGCUGGGGUGAAAGGACAGAAGACAGUGUUCUUGAUAACUGAUGCUCAGAUCAAAGAUGAGGCUUUUCUUGAAGACGUGGACAGUGUCUUGAACACAGGAGAGGUGCCCAAUCUUUUUGCUGUAGAUGAGAAGCAAGAAAUUAUGGAGACAAUACGUCCCGUUGCACAGGCUGGCAAUAAGAAUUUGGAUCUGAGCCCCUUGACUCUAUUCGCCUUCUUUGUGUCACGUUGUAAAGAGAACCUGCACAUUGUUGUGGCCUUCAGCCCUAUUGGAAACGCCUUCCGAAAUCGACUAAGACAAUUUCCAUGUCUUAUUAACUGCUGCACUAUUGACUGGUAUCAGCCAUGGCCAGAGGAAGCUCUUGAGAAAGUCGCCAACUGCUUCUUGGAGACACUGGAGAUGAGUGAAAAUGAGAGACAACAGGUCAUACCCAUCUGUAAAUCAUUCCACACCUCUGCAAAGGAGCUAUUCCUCGCAGAACUAGGUCGCCAUAACUAUGUGACUCCCACAUCCUACUUGGAGUUGAUUGCAGCUUUCCGUCAACUACUUAAUCAGAAAAGGGACGCUGUCAUGAAGGCAAAACAAAGGUACACAAAUGGUCUGGAUAAACUAGCCUUUGCUGAAUCUCAGGUUGCUGAGAUGAAAAAGGAAUUGGUAGACCUCCAACCCAAACUGGAACAGGCAAAAAUAGAUAACAAUAUAAUGAUGAAGGUGAUUGAAGAGGAAUCAGUGGUGGUGGAAGCCAAGAGUAAAGUUGUGCGUGUUGAUGAAGAGGCAGCAACUAUCAAAGCUAAUGAGGCCCAGUCUCUGAAUGAUGAAUGCGAGAGUGAGUUGGCUGAAGCCAUCCCUGCCCUGGAGGCUGCUCUCUCUGCCCUGAACACGUUAAAGCCCACUGACAUCACAAUUGUGAAAUCAAUGAAAAAUCCACCUUCAGGAGUAAAGCUGGUGAUGGCAGCUGUAUGUGUGAUGAAAGAUUUAAAGCCAGACAAGAUAGCUGACCCAGCCGGUACUGGGAAAAAGGUAUUUGACUAUUGGGGUCCAAGUAAAAAGCUGCUGGGUGACAUGAACUUUCUACGAGAUCUUAAAGAAUACGACAAAGACAAUAUUCCUGUACCUGUGAUGCAGAAAAUUCGCGCUGAGUACAUGACCAAUCCUGACUUUGACCCCAGCAUAGUGGCUAAAGCCUCCUCUGCUGCAGAAGGCCUGUGCAAGUGGAUUAAAGCAAUGGAAGUUUACGACCGUGUGGCCAAGGUUGUUGCUCCAAAGAAGGCUAAACUUGCAGAGGCCAAGGCGUCCUUGGAAGAGACCAAGGCCCUGCUGGACCAGAAGAGAGCUGAAUUAAAGGAAGUGGAGGACCGUUUGGCAGAUCUUCAGAAAACCUUUGAGGAAAAGACUGAAGAGAAAGCCCAGCUGGAGUUCCAAGUCGAUUUGUGUGCAAGAAAGCUGGAGAGGGCUGAAAAGCUAAUUGGUGGUUUGGGUGGAGAAAAGACCAGGUGGUCAAAAGCAGCAGAUGAUCUACAGAACACGUAUGACAACUUGACUGGAGACGUUCUCGUCUCUGCUGGUGUCAUCGCCUACUUGGGGGCUUUCACUGCUGGCUUCAGACAGAACUGCACUCAGAUGUGGACCAAACUUUGCCAAUCCAAGAAAAUUCCAUCAGCAGAUGACUUCUCUCUAAGUCAAACACUGGGAGAUCCCAUUAAAAUCAGGGCUUGGAACAUCGCAGGCCUUCCGAGUGACUCUUUCUCAAUCGACAACGGUGUCAUUGUCAGUAAUUCACGUAGAUGGCCAUUGAUGAUUGAUCCUCAGGGUCAAGCCAACAAGUGGGUGAAAAAUUCAGAGAAAGACAACAACUUGAGUGUAAUCAAGUUAACGGAUGGGGAUUAUAUGAGAACUUUGGAGAACUGCAUUCAAUUUGGAACACCUUUGCUGUUGGAAAAUGUAGGAGAAGAGUUGGAUCCUUCUCUUGAACCUCUGCUACUCAAACAAACCUUCAAACAAGGUGGUGUUGAUUGCAUCAGGCUUGGUGAGAGUGUGAUUGAAUACUCCACUGAUUUCCGUUUCUACAUCACCACCAAGCUAAGGAACCCACACUACCUUCCUGAACUGGCAACCAAAGUGUCCCUGCUCAAUUUUAUGAUCACUCCAGAAGGAUUGGAGGACCAGCUGCUUGGGAUUGUAGUUGCAAAGGAGAGGCCAGAACUGGAAGAAGAGAGAAAUGCAUUAAUCCUACAAUCAGCUGACAAUAAGAGGCAACUAAAGGAAAUUGAAGACAAAAUCCUGGAAACUUUACAGUCCUCUGAGGGAAAUAUCUUGGAAGAUGAGAGUGCCAUUCAGAUUUUGGAUUCAGCAAAGAUCAUGUCCAAUGAGAUCAGCAAGAAACAGCAGAUUGCAGAGAAGACAGAAAUUAAAAUAGCUGAGUCCAGAGAGGGUUACAGAGCUGUUGCCAAACACUCAUCCAUCCUGUUCUUCAGUAUCGCUGAUCUCACUAACAUAGACCCCAUGUACCAGUACUCUCUCAGCUGGUUCGUCAAUCUCUACAUCAAUUCAAUACAAGACAGUAACAAGUCAAAGGUUCUGGAAAGGAGGCUUCAAUUCCUUAUUGAUCACUUCACUUAUAACUUGUACUGCAACGUCUGCCGUUCUCUCUUUGAGAAGGACAAACUCCUCUUCUCCUUCGUUCUCUGCUGCAAUUUGCUCCUAACAAAGAAUGAGAUUGAAUUAGCAGACUUUAUGUUCUUGCUGACUGGGGGAGUGGGCCUACAGAACACCAUUAAAAAUCCAGACCCCAGCUGGCUUCAGGACAAAAGCUGGGAUGAAAUCUGCAGAGCCAGUGAACUACCCGGCUUACAAGGAAUAAAAGAAGCUUUCAUUGCAUGUCCAGGAGACUUCAAACCUAUUUAUGACAGCAAAGAGCCAUGUAAUGUUGCUCUGCCUGCACCGUGGUGUGACAAACUCAAUGACCUGCAGAAGAUGAUAAUCGUCCGUUGUCUCAGGUCUGAUAAAAUUGUACCAGCUGUGACUAAAUAUGUGACUGGCAAUCUGGGAAAGAAAUUUAUUCAGCCACCUCCCUUUGACUUGAGUAAGAGCUACCUGGAUUCCAACUCUACCAUCCCACUUGUGUUUGUGCUUUCACCAGGAGCUGAUCCCAUGGCCAGUUUACUGAAAUUUGCCGGUGACAAGAAUAUGGGUGGGGCUAAGUUCCAGUCCAUUUCGCUGGGUCAGGGCCAGGGGCCCAUAGCCGCUAAAAUGAUUUCCACUGCCAUGCAGAAUGGGACUUGGGUGUGUUUACAGAACUGUCACCUGGCUGUGUCAUGGAUGUCCACACUGGAGAAAACCUGUGAGGACUUCAAUCCUACAACAUGCCAUCAAGACUUCCGCCUUUGGCUCACAAGUUAUCCUUCCCCCAAGUUCCCAGUGACCAUCCUGCAGAAUGGAGUCAAAAUGACAAACGAGCCUCCAACAGGACUCCGCCUCAACCUCCUACAGUCUUACUUGUCUGAUCCUGUAUCUGACCCAAACUUCUUCAAAAACUGUCCAAAUAAGGAGCUUGCUUGGGAGAAACUUCUUUAUGGAUUGUGCUUCUUCCAUGCUCUCUUACAAGAAAGGAAAAAGUUUGGUCCUCUGGGCUGGAAUAUUCCUUAUGGCUUCAAUGAGUCUGACCUGCGCAUCAGCAUCAGACAACUCCAGCUUUUUGUAAAUGAAUAUGAUGAGGUGCCCUUGGAAGCCAUAACAUAUCUGACUGGAGAGUGUAAUUAUGGUGGCCGAGUUACAGAUGAUUGGGAUAGGAGACUCCUGUUGACUAUCUUGGCUGAUUUCUACAACAAGGAAAUCAUUGAGACAUUUCACUACCCUCUGUCUCCGAGUGGUGAAUACUAUGCCCCAUCUAAAUCUAGCUAUGAUGACUACAUUCUGUUUAUCAAGAAUCUUCCAUUCAGCCAGCAUCCAGAGGUGUUUGGGAUGCAUGAAAAUGUUGACAUUUCGAAAGACUUACAGCAGACGAAGCUGCUGUUUGAUUCACUGCUUCUCACCCAGGGUGGAGGGGCUAAGGGUGGGGCCAGUUCUGGGACUGAUAACACCCUGUAUGAGAUUGCAAGUGAUAUCCUUACAAAGCUUCCAGCCAAUUUUGACACAGAAGCUGCUCUUUUGAAGUUCCCUGUGAUGUAUGAAGAAAGUAUGAACACAGUUCUUGUCCAAGAGAUGGAGCGCUACAACACGUUGUGUGGCACAAUUCGUGUGAGUCUACAGAACCUCUUGAAAGCUAUUAAAGGCUUGGUGGUGAUGGAUUCUGAGCUGGAGGCAGUGGCAGGCAGUUUGAUAGUGGGCAAAGUCCCAGAGAAAUGGGCCAAGCGCUCUUACCCAAGCCUCAAACCCCUGGGCAGUUAUAUUACCGAUUUUCUCACAAGACUCAAGUUUUUACAGGUCUGGUUUGAAACCACAAAGCCCAUCGUGUUCUGGCUGUCUGGUUUCUUCUUCACACAGGCUUUCCUAACUGGGGCCAUGCAGAACUACGCCAGGAAAUACCAAGUUCCCAUUGAUAUGUUGACUUUUACUUUUGAGGUUCUUCCCAUUUACAAGUCAACUAGAGCGCCCGAGGACGGUGUUUACAUAAAUGGACUGUUUCUUGACGGUGCUCGAUGGGAUAAAGAGAGUGGUUUUCUGGCUGAGCAGCACCCCAAAGUCCUGUUUGACUCAAUGCCCAUCAUCUGGAUACAACCUGCUGAAAAAAACAACAUGGAUGAACCUCAGAAGUUGUACGUUUGCCCACUGUAUAAGACGAGUGAGAGAAAGGGCACUCUCUCAACCACGGGUCACUCAACUAACUUUGUCAUUUCCAUGACGCUGCCCACCAGCAAGCGCCCACAGCACUGGAUCAAGCGUGGUGUGGCCAUGCUCUGCCAGCUUGAUGACUGA